CGGCAAUUGGAGUUCUCCACCAACUCAACCGUAACAUCAAUCAAUCGUCAUGUGUCGCUGGUUUGCUUACGUAGGGGACGAGUCCACCCUCCUCGAGGACGUUCUUAUCAAUCCCUCCCACUCCAUCGUCCGCCAAAUUGAUUCACACUUCUUCCCCCAAUUCCACAAAACUUACGCACCACACGUCCAGAACAAUUCAAGCACCUCCGACGUCCACGUCCAAUCCGACACGAUGGAUCAGAUCCUCCAGGCUUCGGACGCACCCGGACAGGCGAACUUGUUUACGAACGUGGAUGGGUUUGGCGUUGCUUACUACACCUCUACCCAAUCCCAAUUCAAUUCCGGAGGUAAAUCGGACUCCGCUCGACCCUGCACAUACAAGAACACACGUCCGGCUCUAAACGACCUCAACUUCCGCUCCCUCUGCGCCCAUACCCAAACCCAGGCCCUCUUCGCUCACAUUCGUGCCGCGCCUGGCCUUACCCCUGUCGUUGAGACCAACAACCACCCAUUCGUGUUCGGUCGCUAUGCGUUUAUGCACAAUGGGUGUGUUGCUUCGUUUGAGGGGAUCAGGGUGAAGUUGCUGCAGAAGCUGUCGGAGAAAGCUAGGAGGAAUGUCUUGGGGACGACGGAUUCGGAGCAUGCUGCUGCGUUGUUUUUCACGCUUUUGGGGGAUGAUUGGGAGUGUCGUCAACCUCUCGAGAAACUCCGUGAUACGAUGCGCGAGACUGUGAAGACCUUGCUUGAGAUGAUCAAGGAGGUACCAGAGGAGACCGGUGCAAUGGGCGCCCACUCAUCCCUCAACUUCGCCGUAACCGAUGGUAUCCAACUCCUCGCUCUCCGCUUCUCCUCUUCUCCCGAGCAGGAACCCCCUUCCCUUUACUACUCCACCAAAGCCGGAAUCACCCUGAACCGGAAGUACCCAGACCACCCCGAUGGUAAGGAAGCGGCCAAAGCGCACAAGCAGCGUGGGUUGGGCGGGAAUAAGAUGCCAGGGGAACAUGGGAAGCAUGUCAUUGUUGCAAGUGAGCCGAGUACGUAUAAGGGGGAGGAGUGGGAGUUGGUCCCGAGGGACAAUAUCGUGUUGGUUGAUGACAAGAGGGAGGUUAAGCUUGAGCCUAUGGGUCUCUAGAUUAGAUUUAUAGUGAGACAGAUGUGUAUGAUAGUGUUGAAUACGAUGUAUUUGGGCUU